AUGGCCGGCUUUGUUAAUGAUCGCGAUUUUGAAUUAGUUCGCCGAUCAUCACUUGAUACCGUCCACCAACUCACUCGAUUGUUCGCGCUCUUGAAUUCUAACACCUGCUAUCCACCCUCAAAAUACAAGAAUCGCUUGCUAAUCUCCACUCCUGCAGCGGUGAACUCUUCAACCGUGCACUUGUCCUCUCAACAAAAUGGCUCGUACUCAAUCCUCAUCGCAGCCCGGGCUCUUGCAUCAAGACUUGUGCCUCAAAUUAAGUCUCGAAUCGCAGCCCCAGUACCUUAUCAAAGCGUGACGAACAACACCAACAAAGCAGCAACCGCAUUGAAUUCAAAGGCCAUCAGAUUAGCUACACCGAGACCCGUCGAAGCGUCUCUCCUCAUGCUUCAACCCGUCGAAGCGUCUCUCCUCAUGCUUCAAGUCCAACUCAAACUUCCAGCCAAAAACAGCGACCAACAAGAUCUCUAA